UUGCUUGUCAUCAAGACCAAGGAUGGGUCCGUGUUUGGCGCUUAUGCGGAUGAGGAAUGGAAACCUGUUACGGAUUGGUAUGGCAGCUCGUCCAACUUUUUGUUCCGUAUCCAGUAUCCUACUACUAUGGAUACGUGGGAUGGUGGCAGAGGAUCGAAUUCGAACUUUCAAUAUCUGUGCUGGGGAAAACAGAGCCUUCCAAACGCCCUUGUCAUGGGUGGGCAGUUCGACUAUGCAGGUUUAUGGCUUGAUUCAGAUUUCUUACACGGCCAUUCUAAGGCUGGCCCUGUAUGCACCACCUACCAAAGCCCACAGCUGUCACUCGAUCAAAACUUCACCGUGGAUGAAAUUGAAGUAUUCCUGGUUCGACCACUUCUGAGGAAUGAUGAUGAUGACAUGAUGCAGGAAGGAGGAGGAGUACUGAGCCGAGCAGAGGACAUGGAAUUCAUGGAAAUGGCUGGUAAAAAGCUUUACUCGCGAGACUUGCAGGAACCUGAACGC